CCAAAAUCCAAAUUCCCCCCUCAAUUCUCAUCCCCUUUCGCGUGUCUCGUUCCCCUUCCCCAAAUUAUUCCCCCUUUUCUUUUUCUUUUUUGCCCCCAAAUUGUAGGGUUCGGCGCGCGAAUCUAGGAGGAGAGAGAGGUGCCCUAUUUAUGUUGCUUCGACAUCGUAGUGCAUUUUAGGAUUCGCGUUUGAUUGGAUUUAUUGAGGCUUAUUUUACAGGUAUAAGGAUAAGGAUAAGAACAUAAUCAAGUUAGAAAAGAGAGAAAAAGAGACAGGAGUUGUUGCUUCGCCCUCCGACGCCGGGCUUGGUUGUCAAUUAACCAUUGACAGCCGGCCGGCCCCCCUUCUUCCUUUUGCUCGAAAAUUAUCGGUUGGUGGGUCGUAUUCCCCGUGCAAAAGUGAGAAUCUUUUUUUCAUGAGAAGUUGCUGAAAACUGAUCGACUCAGACUCGUGAGAUGGCUUCGCUGGCCGGUCUUCUCCACCGGCCUCUCUCAGCCGCGGCCGCCGUGGCGGUCGCCACCGCUUCGUCGGAUCUCCCUGAACGAUUUUCUCACAAUAAGUUAUCCGAACCGAAUGUUUCGCCGCAAUCAACUGCGUCCGAUGCUCCGGAUUAUUCUGUUGUUCGUCGAGCUUCUGUUGCUGGUCUCUUGAGUCCUUUCGCGAAUGCUAGCCCCGUCAUGCAGAAUUCGAACCUUCCUCAUGUUCCACGAUCCUUAUAUGGCUUUUCUUCGGCCCCCAUUGCUUCUCCUCUCAUUUUAGCUCCCUAUCAGUAUGCAAAGAUCGUCAGGCCCCCACCAGAUCACGACGAACCCGCAUCUACCAUCCCUUCUUCGUCCUCUGACACUCUGUACCGAUGGCAUCUGCCGGACCCGAGAGCUUCUAGGAACUCAGGCAGCGACACAUGCUCAUCCACUAAGUCUCGGACGGUAGUAGUUUUGCUUGGGUGGUUGGGCGCGAGACAGAAGCAUUUGAAGAGAUACGCGGAUUGGUACACUUCGAGGGGGUACAAUGUCGUGACCUUCACCUUCCCGAUGUCUGAGGUCGUUAGCUACAAGGUUGGGGGGAAAGCCGAGAAGGACCUCGAGUUGCUUGCCGACCAUCUCGCUGGUUGGGUUUCAGAGGAGAUCGGGAAGAACUUAGUCUUCCACACUUUCAGCAAUACCGGGUGGCUGACCUACGGUGUGAUAUUGGAGAAGUUUCGGAAGCAGGAUCUGUCGUUGAUGGAAAAGAUCAAAGGUUGCAUUGUUGACUCUGCUCCUGUUGCUGCCCCUGAUCCACAGGUUUGGGCUUCAGGAUUCUCAGCUGCAUUUCUUAAAAAGCAGAGUAUAGCGACAAAAGGAACGGCGGAGUUGAAACUCUCGAGGAUGGAUGUUAUACCUAUUGCUGAUUCUGGUCUCGAACCUAAACCGGCGGCCACCGAGGCUGCUUUACUAGCGGUCUUGGAGAAGUUCUUCGAGGUGGUUCUGAAACUUCCGGCUGUCAACAGGAGGCUCUCGGAUAUUUUGCGUCUGUUAUCGAAGGAGCAGCCAAAGUGUCCGCAGCUCUACAUAUACAGCUCCGCCGAUCGAGUCAUUCCGGCGAAGUCAGUGGAAUCCUUCGUAGAGAGGCAAAGGAGAGCAGGGCACGAAGUUCGCGCAUGCGAUUUCGUGUCCUCGCCUCACGUCGACCAUUUCAGAAACCACCCCGCUCUUUAUACUUCUCAGUUAACCACUUUCUUGGAGGAAUGCGUGCUCACUUGCUGCAAAGAUUCUUCAUAAGAGAUUCUGAACAUAUACAAUUUCUUUUUUUUUUAUAUGAUUUUUUUUUUUUUUUAUAAAUUCUUUCCUGGUAAUUAAUCAAGCAUACACCAGGCAUUAUAGUCACUGAGCAGAUACUUGUAUGGAAUGGAUAUAUUUACAAAUUCACCAGAAUUUAUUCAGUUCUCUUUUUUUUCCCCCUGAAGGACAAGGUUUCUCAGAGAAUUUGUACAGUAAAUUCAAGAUAAAGUAUUAAUCUCUGCCAUUUAUUGAGUUAUGGUA